UAUCCGAGGCGCGCCAAUUGAACGAAAAGCACUCCGCUUCUAACUGUGGCUCAGAAGUAAAAAGAAAGCUAAACGCACAUUCCAUUUUCACAAAGUUCACGUCUGUUUGCUGCCAGCAGAGCAGCGAGCGAACGAUCGAAAGCAUCAACGGACCCAGGCCUGGGGUUGGUGUGUGGCUGGUUAGUGGUUGGGUGUAAGAUAGGGAGAAGGGUUCUCUAGAGAUAGAGCAGAGCAUAAAAUAAGCCACAAGCGAGAUGAGACAGGAAAGGACUUAUUGGCUCUUAGCCGUGCUGGCAGUGUUUGUGUGUGUUUGUACAACCCGGACAGUGUGUGCAGAUAAGUUCGAAGACAACAUAUUCUUCAACUAUUACAACGCUACGGGCGAUGUGGUGCAUGUGUAUAAUCUCGCAGAAAACAAGUCGUACCCGUACGACGAAACUUGCAACCCCGAUGGGAGGUUUGCAGUCGUCGUUUUCGGUUGGAAAAUCGACUGCGAGAAGUACUUUGUGCGAGAUUUGAUAGCAAAUCUCACCGAGUACAGGGGAGGAUGUGUGAUAUGUAUGAACUACACUAGUUACUCUGAAGUGUCGUCUUACCUACGCCUGAAGAGAAACUUUAAAGAUAUCCAGAAUGUUCUGAAGAAAAAACUCGACUUUCUCGAGCAGCAAGGUUUUAACCCGAACAAUGGCUACUUGUACGGGUUCAGUUUCGGGGCGAACAUGGUCCUAGAGGCUGCAAAGAACUUUGGUGCUAAGAAAAUCGGAGAAAUCGACGUUUGUGAGAUCGUUGGUGUAACUUUUGACUCUGCCUAUUCGAAUCCCCCAAAUCAUCGGCUGGCGGCUAAAAAUGUCCAGUGUAUUCACACUAGCAAACAGUACGGUACAAAAUAUCGAAGCAGCUGCCACCAGGAUUGGAUUCUGGGAGAUUGCGGAUAUAACCAGGAAGCCGCCCCAUUGUCCUCGUACGGGUCCCACGGUGUAUGUACACUUUUCUACAACAGCGCCUUCGAAAAUGAUUUUUUAGCCGAAGCGAAUGUGAACAAUUGCACCAUGGACCAGGAAGCGGACAACUUUCCAGAUGGGUUCAAAAUGGGAUAUAUGGAAACAAGAAAGAGUCAGGUUCGUGGUCAGCUGUAUACGCCCACCUACGGAUCGUUCCCUUUCAACGUUCCGAGCCUAGCUCCGAACAGUAGCCGGACGGCGUUCGUCGAUUUCUUCGAUUUCGAGAAAGCGAGUGAUGAUGACUUUGCGAUGGAUUUGGACUACGAUUCGGAAACCUAAAUCUUAGUGGUGACGGGUUAUUCAGCAUGGUGUUGGAUUCUCAUACUACUGAAUUUUUGUCAGCGGCUGCCGGCCUCCGGAGCAUGCGAACGGGGUCGGGAGUCGUUUUUUUCACAAUAUUUAUAUUAUGGUAUAUUUGCAUAAGGGUCAAGUUACAAUUUAUUAUUUAAUGUUUAAAUAUUUAUGUUUAUUACUGGUAGUGUAAAGUCGAACAAUACUCGGAAUCCUUACAAAUGAUGCAUUUGAAUUUAUAUAUUUUUUUCUUAGCUGUUAUUGUGGUUUUGGGUUUUGAUGUAGUUUCUAACUUUAUUUAAAGAUUCGCCAAACCAAUUAUUUUAUUUGAAUGGUUUAUAUUUUAUAAUGAUAUACUACCCUAUAUAAAACAUGUUAAAUGACGAAGGUUAUAUUAUGAAACCCAAUAUAUUGAAUUUGAUUGCAUUACUACUACAUGAACACUAUAUGAAUGAUGAAGUAUUAUACUCUUUAGGAUGUAAGUUUAUUUGAUCGAUAUUGAUUCUCCAGAAGAAAUCAAUCAAACAUUACGACUGUCUAAUAGCCUGUGAAAACAGUGCUAAUUAAAAAAAAAGGUCGAUCCGAAAUAAAAGGAAGCGAAUAUAACUAAAUCUCAGCGACUAAUGAUAAACAUUGAACGUCGAUAAACAAUUGCAUAAAAAAACGAAACAAAUAUAGAUGAAACGAAGCAGAAGCGUAGAAAGAUUAUGAAUAUUGUAUUGUAGAGGUUGAGGGAGAAUAAUUGAUAUAACAUUUUCGGUGGAGUAUUACGAGAUGUGACAAAAUUGGUAAGAAACUAUAUCCAUGUGCGAUUUUUCUUUCGGUUUUAUAUGGCGCUGUAACCAUUAUAAAUAAAUUUCUUAAACCAA